GACGAAUGAGGGACGACACCGUCUUGAAAAUAAUCCAAUGGGGGCGUCAGGUGCCUUUGGAUGGUAUUGAAAGCACAGCUAAAGUCCACAAAGAGGAUCCUGGCGAAAUUGCCCGGUGAAUCCCGGUGCUGGAGGAGGAGGUGCAGCAGGCACUGCAUGUGUUGAUGUAGGCUUGAGAGGCUCGAGGUGAUUUACAGGAUAGAAAAGAAGAGCUUGAAAGUUAAUUAUUGAUUUUAGAAACAGCAGAUGACAAAACAGACUCAAGGUCCACUUACUUGCUUGUUUGUUUGAGCUUUCGGUAUCACAUGGUCUUCAUCAGCAGAUGUAGUCCACUCAGUUGUCACUGAAUAUAUGUUCAUGACUCUGAGCACUUUUAAGACUUUCUGUCCACGUUGGCUCAGAAGUUAAACUUUAACAGUUCAGUCUUGCCUGAGAGAAGCGAGUAAGAGGACCUUUAGUUUAGACUGGUUGUGAAUUAUUGGUUUAGUCAGUAAUAAAUAAACAUCUCAUCAUAAUGAUACUAAACUAAUAAUAAUAAAUAUCUUUCAUUUUGUUACUGGAGCUUUUGGAGAAGGCGUGGGCAGCGAAAGCUUCCUGUUUGUUUGUUCAGGAUUAUCUGUGUGUGUUGAGUCUGUAAUGAUCAGCAUGCUGACCAGGCUGAGUGUCCACUAUAAAUGCAGCUCUGUCAGUCUGAUCAGCUGUUGCAAACCUGCCGUCGUCCUGCUGAUCAACACACAUCACUGCUCUCAGGUCGUGACGUUAGUCGGUCACCAUGAGUCCUAAACACGUCGUCUUUAAGAAAGUUUCCCGCGACAAGUCGGUGGCGGUCUACAUGGCCAAGAGAGACUUUGUGGAUCACUGUGACUUUGUGGAUCCAGUCGAUGGAGUUAUUGUGAUCGACCCGGUGCAGCUCAAAGGAAAGAAAGUGUACGUGAUGUUGUCGUGUACAUUUCGGUACGGCCGUCAGGACAUGGAUGUGAUGGGUGUGGCCUUCAGGAGGGACCUGUUCCUGGUGACCCGGCAGGUUUACCCCGAGCUGCAGGACAAAGAGAAGCUGACUCACACCAAGGUCCAGCAGAAACUGCUCCGAAAGCUGGGAGACAACGCUUUCCCCUUCUUCUUCGAGUUUCCAGACAACCUGCCGUGUUCUGUUGCUCUGCAGCCGGGACCCUCGGACGUGGGAAAGAAAUGUGCCGUGGAGUUUGAGGUGAAAGCUUUCUGUGGCGAGAACCAGGACGAGAAGAUCGACAAACAGAGUUCAGUUCGUCUCACCAUCCGUAAGAUCCAGUUCAGUCCAGACAACAGUGAACUGGUUCCAGUAGCAGAGACCACCUUCGAGUUCCUGAUGUCUGAGAAACCACUGCACGUCAAACUGAGCCUGGCCAAGGAGACGUUCUACCAUGGUGAACCUGUCCGAGUGAACGUAGAAAUCACCAACUCGUCCAGCAGGAACAUCAAAGACAUCAGUGUGUCAGUCGAACAGGUGACCAAUGUUGUUCUUUACUCCAAUGACAAAUACGUCAAAUCGGUGGCCAAAGAAGAGACCGAUGACUCGGUCCCGUCUGGUACCAGUCUGAAGAAGGAGUACACUCUGCAUCCUCUGCUGGCUCACAACAAGGACAGGAGAGGACUCGCUCUGGAUGGACGACUCAAACAUGAAGACACCAACCUGGCUUCAUCCAGCAUAGUGAAGCAGGAGGUGCUGAAGGAGGUUCAGGGGAUGCUGGUCUCCUAUAAGGUCGUGGUGAAGAUGAUCGCUUCUGGGACGGUCGGAUCCAGUGAGGUGUCUCUGGAGCUUCCAUUCAAACUGAUGCAUCCUAAACCUGAACCAGCCAGCGAAUCAGACGACAUGGUGUUUGAGGAGUUUAAACGAGUCUACCUGAAGGGAGUGGUCUACGGAGAUGACGACGAGUCUCCCACAGAGGCAUAAACUACAAAGAUGGCCACCACAGACCAGAGUGUCCAGAGCUGAAGAGAAACUCAGUUUGACCUGAAGACACUUGAUAGUGAUUUUAGUGACUCCAUGAUGUUUCCUGUAGCGCCCCCCUCAGGACAAACUGCACAUGUUCAGCUGCUCUACUGUUCAGACUGUUAGAAGAGAGAAUUCAUCAGGAUGAUGUUUGUUCUGUCAUAUUAUAGCUGUAAUGAACUCUGCAGCCUGUAGGGGGCGCUGAUGGUGACACAUGAAUGCAACACAUCAUAAAACAACUGUCGCACACACUGCACCUGUCAGACAGGCAGGCAGCAUAAGCUGAUCGUGAGUUGAAGCUUGGAAAUAAAACAGGUGUUUGUAGAGCUGCAACUAACAAUUAUUUUAUAUAAAUCAAUCUGACGAUUAUUUUCUCAAUUCAUUGAUUCGUUGUUUUCUCUAUAAAAUGUCAGAAACUUCCAGGCCAAACUGUGUUUAAGUCUCUGUCUGUCCAUCACAGUCUGAAGGACGUCCUGAAGGAAACAACAGAUAAAUGUAGACAUGUUCAAAAAUGCAAUUUAUAUUUGCUUUAUUGUGAAAAAUGCUUGUUAAUCAGAUAAAGUUAUUGUCAUAAUCUGCCUGUAAGUGAAUUUUUAAAGAACAUAAACCUAAAAUAUCAUGUCAAGUUUAUUUUUAUUGAUAUGAGAUUGUAAAACCUGACAUCUGUUUAGUAUUGUUAAUCUGUAUAAACAGAUAUCUGCAUAUGAAUGCAGAAUCUGUAGGCAAGGGACAAGACAAGUGUUCUGGUUUCCGUUUGUAGUCCAAGUAGUAUCGACCAAUCACGUUUCAGUCUCAGAACCCAUCGGCUACCAUCUGACGACGAUUUCGCUUUUUAUCAAUCUCGGAACCCUAGAGAUUAGCUUUUUAUUAGCUUCUUUAAAUUCAUCUGAUUUCAAAUCAUAGUCAGAGGACAGCCGAUGGGUUCCGAGAUCGCUAAUCGGACUGUAAACACCAUGACCGGCACACGGACGAGGAAGUCUUGGCCCCGUUAUCCGUUAUCCAGAUAUCUGCUGGCUACACCGGAAGCCCCCAAACAUUGGCUGAGAUUGGUGCAGUGUGUACUUGUACUUUUAUAUUUACUGCAUCAGUGUGUUUGUUGCUCAGUAACUCUGAAUGUAAGUAGUUCCAGUCAGCUUCCUGUCUAAUGAACUCUGAAAUAAAACUUUUAGUUUUUGAGUUAAAGAAAAACAUUUAAUUUCAUUUCUACAUUUUUUUGCAGUUAGUCGUCUUUUAAAAAGAGAUUAGAAAUAAACAAAUCAGAAAUCAGGCAGUAAAUCGCAGAGCUCUUUGUGGUAAAGAUUUAAAUACAAUAUGAAUCUAUCAUCAAGUAUUAAUAAAAUGCAUGAAUGAAAUGUAUCAGAGCA